AUGCUAUCAGUGGGACAAGUUGGCGAUGCAAAUGGCCCAGCUGCUCCAUCGGCUGAGGAUGAAGAAAAUGCGGAAGUUGCAGGAACAAAUGCGGAAGAUCCUUUGAUAGCACGGGAUGUGGAAGCAGCCGCUGAUGCAAAUGCUUCGUCCCCACUUACAAAAGAUGAAUUUGCGACGGAGAGGGAAUGUUUGAAAUACAUCAACAACUUGAUGAGUUCCAUUCUGAGAGUGAAAACCAUUGUGAAGCUGCGUGACAAGCAUUUGGCACGUCUAAUUGUUCACGCUUUCUACAGGAGACAACCU